UGUUGACGCCCUGAUAAUGGCGCCUGGGCCUACAUAGACUGGAGAGGGGUUUUAAGCUUUUCUCGUUAAGCUUCAGUCGGUCACCCUUUGUCUGGAAUUUAAUUUGGUUGAAAUACUUCGUUACGGUCCCGUUAACAUGAGACUUCGGUCGAGAAUUAUUUCUCUUGAGAGCCCGUCGUCUCAGCAGCCCAGCACCCCGCCGCGCCGCCGUCGGCCGGAUUUGAGUCGAGCGCCGCGGAUGGAGCAGAACCAGUCCCCGGAUGUCCAGGUUUUAAAGGAUUGCUCCAAUUUGUUCUCUGAUCCUGUCCCAACUGCAGUGAAGCACCCACGCUUAAGACAUGGAAGGAAAAGGGUUUUACCACUACAGGCGUGUAAAGCAGAAUCUGACUUCAAGACACCAGUGCAUCAUCUCCGAGAAAUGCAGUACUCCUCAGUCAACCCUGCUGCACGUAGCCUUUACUCUCCUGUAGUGCGUUUCGUCACACCUACGAAAGACAAUGAGAGGACAAGGAGAGGUGCAGUGUUCAGCCCUGAACAGUGUGUGUUCGGAUACAGUGCCGUCAGCUCCCUGUCAGAAGACGAGGAGAACGAUGAGGUGUUCAGCCCAUUCACAUUCAUCAAAAACAUCCCAAACCAGUCACAACAGUCCAGAGCGGCGUCUACUCUCCGGGACAUACCGCCCAAGACGAGAAGUACACCUGCAGCCACCAUGGUGCUCGAUCUGGAUGAAACCCUUGUGUUCAGCUCCCUCAAUAGACUCGAGGAUGCAGAGUACACGUUUAACACAGUCUUUCAGGAUCAAGAGUACAAGGUGUAUAUGGUUCUCAGGCCACAUGUGAAUGAGUUUCUGCAAGCCAUGGUGAAGCAUUUUGAGAUGUUUGUUUACACUUCUGCUAAAAAGGAAUAUGCAGAAAUGAUAGUGGACAUACUGGAUCCAAGAAAAAAAAUAUUCAGACAUCGUCUGUAUCAGGACGACUGUGCAUGCGUUCUUGGACACUAUAUUAAGGACUUGGAGGUUCUGGAAAGAGAUCUUUCAAAAACAGUGAUUCUGGACAACGCACCCCACACCUACCCAUACCAUCUGACGAACGCGAUUCCCAUAAAGAGCUGGUGUGGAGACAAAGAGGACAGAGAGCUACAGAGGCUCAUACCUUACUUGGGGAAACUCGCCCAAGCUAACGAUUUCAGGACUGUGCUCAAGAGGAGGACAGAUCAUUUUUACAACCUGCUCACUGAAGACUGAAAUCCUGUGCCAUUUUUAUUUGGUGUAUAUAUUUUCAUGUAAAUAAUCGUAUGGUGCUCUGGGUGUAAUAUAGGCUGAAUCAUUAAAGAAUGAUAGCCAGUUUUACUAUAUGUGGCAAUCUCACCGAGCCUCAUUUAGGGUGAUUGCUUUAAUUUGAAGUGUUGUGCUUAUUAAAUUAUGAACAUUUGAUUUUAUUCAAUUUAUUAUUUAAUAAAUUUAUUAUUAGCUAAUUUAUUAUUGCUGCUUUUUAUAUGACACUUAAAUAUGGAUAAUGUCAUUUUCCCAGUUGUACACUGAUGCAUACAUACUUAAAAUGUCCUGGAUUCUGCCACUUUGCUACAUUUCUUCCAAAAAAAUAAACUUUGUUUUUAGC